AGAGCAAAACGGACUGAGCUAAGCUGAUACUUUUUCAGAGUUAAAGCAUAUACCGGCAUAUACCGACACUAGUUGUUAACGAUGUCUUUUAUCGGAUCCGAUGACUUUGACGAAGACAACAAUAAACUUGGGGAAUAUGAAGGCGGCAGGAACGAGGCUGGAGAGAGACACGGAGAGGGGAAAGCUACUCUGCCCAACGGAGACAUUUACCAGGGAGGGUAUGAGAACGGAAAAAGACAUGGGCAGGGUACAUAUCAAUUCAAGAAUGGAGCGCGGUAUGUGGGAGAUUAUUUCCAGAACAUGAAACAUGGACAGGGCACCUUUUACUAUCCAGACGGGUCCAUAUAUGAAGGGUCGUGGGAGGACGACCAGAGACAGGGCCACGGUGUGUACACUUAUCCUAACGGAGACUCUUAUGACGGAGAAUGGUUGCGCCACUUAAGGCAUGGCCAGGGGACAUACCACUACCGCCAAACUGGGGCAAAGUACAAGGGCAUGUGGCUGAACGGCAAUAUGGAGUCAGCUGGAGAGUACAUCUACGCUAGCCACAGAUUCCAGGGCAACUUUGUCAACGGCACUCCUCUGGGACCAGGGAAGUAUGUGUUUGACAUUGGCUGCGAGCAACAUGGUGAAUACCGCCAAGAACAGGACCAUGCCGAGGGCGAGUGGGACGGGCUGUCCUCUAAUGGCUCCCUGCGUUGGAUACCCAAGUGUAUUACUGGCCUGACACCCACAAAAGAGGCUUCAGCUGGGGAAAACAAGUCAACUUCAGCAGAUGACAAGGCAGGAGACUAAAUGAAGUCAUCCACCCACAAGCUGCAUCAUUCAUCCAUUGUUUAACGCCUUGAAAACAUUCUUGCAAUAAUAAAAGUCUCUUUAAAAAUCAGUGAGUUUCCUCAGUUGACGCUUUUAGUGUCACCUGUCAUUGAA